CUAUGAUUUGACAAUUUGAGACGCUUUGUUUCCCUCUAUAAUCUCCCGCUCUCUUCGUACACUGCGUGCAAAUUUCAACUGUCUUUUAAAAAUCAAUAGGCCUAUUUGAAUCAUUUAUUUAUCAAAUUACAAAAUGCAGGUUUAUUAUUUCUCUACCGGGCCAAGUUGUUUACCGGGCCAAAUUGUUUUAGUCUUGAUCUCCUUUAGAUUACGCGUAUAGGAGGAUUAUGUGUGUGUGUAUGGGAUUAUUCACGAGGACAGUGGAAAUUACUUUAGGCUCUGCCUCCAGCGAUGAGUUUUUACAUUUUAAACCUGUGCGUUCACGACACAACAAUAUUCUACAUCGAUAGUUCUGUUGGAAAUCCGGAGUGGCCACCGUUUCACACCUGCGCCCCUCUUGUCAACUCAGGUAGGAUUGGAUUUGAGCGCAACCUCAUCCCUCAACUUCAAGAAGAAUGGCUCUCGAACUCGUCAAAAUCGGAAUAUCGUUGAAAAUGCUACCAAAUAACAGUGACGUGUUCUUCAAAUCGGACGGAGCGAGAUUUGGCCAAACCAGGACGAUUAAAUUGCUAACUGGGUCAAAGUACAACAUUGAAGUGGUUGUCAAACCUGGGGAUGUGGAGGCAACCACCAUGAGUGUAGGUGGAGUCCAAUUCCCCUUGGAGCAACGGUCUAGAGACCCCCAGUGUGUGGUCUACACCGGCGUCUACGACACAGAGGGCGUGACACACACCAAGAGCGGAGACAGACAAGCUGUACAGAUCAGCAUACAGUUCCCAGAGGUGGGCUCUUUUGAAGUGGUGUGGCAGGUGAAGUACUACAACUACAACAAGAGGGACCACUGCCAGGGAGGCAACAGUUUCAACAGCAUCGAGUACGAGUGCAAGCCCAACGAUACGCGCAGCCUGAUGUGGGUCAACAAGGAGCUGUUUAUCUGAUGGUACCAACCAAAGCCUACACAGGCAGCAUCAGGGUUGUGUUCAUUAGGCACAAAAAAAACGGAAGAUAACAGUGAAACUGUUACUACCUGUAAUUAAUAUAUAUAAUAAUAAUAUAAUAAUAUAUGCCAUUUAGCAGACGCUUUUAUCCAAAACGACACAGUCAUGUGUGCAUACAUUCUACGUAUGGGUGGUCCCGGGAAUCGAACCCACUACCCUGGCGUUACAAGCGCCAUGCUCUACCAACUGAGCUACAGAAGGACCAAUUAGCCAGCAGAAAUGCCUGUUUUUUUAAAUUUCCGUUGCAAAAUGUUUUCCUACGGUGUGCCCUAACGAACACGACCCAGAUGAACAUGAAAUGAAAGCUGAAUGACGAUCAGCUGCUGGGUAGUGAUAGACAGUGUGUAUCAGAUCCAGAGUGGAACCCCUCAUAGCAUGACAAUGCUGCUGUUAAAUAACUAAAGAUGUUUCAUUUGCUGUAUGUUGGCGUGUGUUAUAGCUAUACGUAUUAAUGUUAGGUGUGUGUGUGUGUGUGUGUGUGUGUGUGUGUGUGUGUGUGUGUGUGUGUGUGUGUGUGUGUGUGUGUGUGUGUGUGUGUGUGUGUGUGUGUGUGUGUAUCUAUGCAUAUAUAAGAAUGCUGUAUGUUAAUAUGUACUCUGUAUGUGAAUGUUUACAGUUAGAAGAUUUUACAAAAUAUUUGGACUAAUCCAUACAUUUUUCUUGUUUUAUAGUUAUGCUGAUUUUGACCAAUCAGAAUGUCAUAUAUUUGACCAAUCAGAAUGUCAUAUUUCUGACCAAUCAGAAUGUCAUAUUUCUGACCAAUCAGAAUGUCAUAUUUCUGACCAAUCAGAAUGUCAUAUUUCUGACCAAUCAGAAUGUCAUAUUUAUGACCAAUCAGAAUGUCAUAUUUAUGACUAAUCAGAAUGUCAUAUUUCUGACCAAUCAGAAUGUCAUAUUUCUGACCAAUCAGAAUGUCAUAUUUCUGCUGCUCCUUCUGCUCAUGUUUCUUAUUUAAUUAAUAUUUUAGAGAGGUAAAUAUGCUAAAGGAUAAUUAUUAUUAGUUGGGGAAAACUGUCAUUAACUGUGAGAUGUGUAGUGAAAAAGCAGCAACAUGUAAAUGAUCAGAGCAUUGUGAAGUGUACUUAUGAACUUUAAAACAUUGUGAAUACUGGAUGUGUUUAAAAAAACAUGUAUGGUAGAUUUAACCAUUUUGUGAAGGUAUUUGAAUAGUAAAUAUGUUUGGGAUGACCAA